UUUAGAAGAUGUCCUUCAUUUUAUUCGACAUGUUUAUAGAGAGGUGUACAGACUUUGCACAACCUGUGGUGACAUUCCUGAGCCGAGUAUACACACCAGUGGACAUGGUUGAAAGAGCAUACAUGCGGAUGACCAACAUCUUCACUCUAGUCAAUCAGCUAGUGUUCUUCGUAUUGUGUGACCGUGUGUUGGUACCGAACCAGCGUGUUACAGCCCUCUACUCACUCAUGUUCUACAACGUGAUCGCAUACUGUGUUUCAUACAUCCGGGAACUCAUUGAGAAGGAGGAUUGGUCACCAUGGGUCCGGAUGGCUGAACACUCCAACAUAAAACACCUAGCGAUGUCUGCAACCAAGAUUGUACUUGAGUGGACCAAGGCUGUUACUUUCAUCAUCACUGUAGUGUUCAUGUUGCUAGUGUUUGGACUGGAGCAAGGCCUAGAGCACUACAAGCCCACAUUGGUUUACAACUUCAUUACAGGUCUAUAUUACAUCGUGACGGAGAAAGUGUUUGUGGAACUCCUACUCUCCUUCAUCAUCUUCCUACAGCUCCCCAUCUUGGAGAACUUGGAGUCUCUCUGGGUACCUGUUCUCUUCAGAUCGUACACAGCCAUCAUCUCGUUCUUGUUCGCUAUUCCCCUUGUCUUCUAUGGUCAGUAUCGUUCGGCCUGUAUCGCCAUUUACUUGAAUGUCUUCCUCCGCUACAAGGAGAUGAAGCUCAACAGCCUCCAUAAUCUCAGUAUGGAGAGAGCCGUUCUCACACAGUAUCGUUACGCGACCAGCCAGGAGCUCUCAGAGUUCGAUGACGUCUGCGCGGUGUGUCUCAGCCCCAUGCGGCUUGCACGCAUCACCCCUUGCCACCAUAUAUUCCAUGGUGAGUGUCUCAGACAAUGUCUCAAGGCCUCGGACCACUGCCCAAUCUGCAAGCGUGAACUAAAAUUUGACUGAGCGUGUCUCUCAAAUACUGAGCAUUUCUGUGAUGUGACGACAUAUCAACCAGCUUAUCUUACUACCAGUGUCAAGUCUUGUGUUUCUAACUGUGAGAUGUGGUUUAGUAAUUUAAGAAUUGCAAUUUUGUAAAACGUUCAUGAAUUUUUAAAUAAUCAGCUUACUGGAAGUAAGCAGCACAAAAGACUGAUUUAUUAUGUGUUCUGGUAUCUUCAUUGAUCAGUAAAAUUAAUUAGUCCAGACAGUCUAAGAGUCUAUCAUAAUAUGUACACUUGAUACAGAAUUAUUCUAUUACUGUACUUGCAAAUUACUAAUGAUAUUUUCCUAUAAAAUAUCUUCAAUGAUUUGGGUUUUUCAAGUUAUUUAUUUGAUAAAAAUAAUUGGGACCAAAGAUAUUAUUUUUUAAAAAGGUUAUUGAUCUUAGGGUAAAAUACUUGUAAAAAUUUAAAAAUUAUCAAAUAUAUAAUAUGAAGGUUUUUAUCUUAAAAGUAAUUAGUCUUGAACUUAUACUCGUAGUUACAAUAAUAAUACUAUUAUUAUUAAACUAAUAAAUGGCACAUUCUCUCAUAAUGUAUUGAUUGCUAUGAUUAUAAUAACUGAAAUUAUAAAUGAUGUGAGUGUAAUUAAUUAUCAAUGGUUGUACGUGUAAUUUACCUUACAGACAUUAAUAGGCUGUAACUUUAUUGGUUUUAUUUAAUCUUAUACUACUGGUUAUGUAAAAAUAGUUAAUAAUUGAAAAAUGUCAAAAGUCACUUAUAUUAUUAUAAUACAAAAUGUGAAUAAUAAUUUAAAAACAUUACAUACUACCUUUCAGAGGUUGAGUAGAAUUAAAGGGGUGCUUUUAAACACUAUAAAUUGGAAAGCACACAUGAGCAGAGUAUCAACUAAAUAUUUCAAAUAAAAUUGUUUUUCCUAAAUGGAGAUUCCUUAAGUUGUAAUAAGUUUCAAAGUUCAUAUGAAAAACAAAUUAAACCCAAUAUAAAUUGUCUUUGUUGUUUUCGAUUGCGAGAUGUCUCACUGAUCUGUACACAUCCGAUGGUUUUUAAUUUUUUGCUACAUUACUGUUAUGGUUAUUCAACAAAAACUCUGAAGGUGCUUCUAUUACAAAAGUUAAUAAUGGGAAAAACAAUACACACAAUAUCACACACAUCCAAAAUGAAUAGGUUGCAUUAAAUUAAAACAGAUCUUGUAUAAACAUUAACAAAACCAUAUGAAAGAAAUGUUUCCAAAUAGUAUUAAUACUUUACAUACAUAUAUAUUCUUAAAUGGUAUUCCAAUUCAUUAGAAACUUAAAAUUGUAAUUGUAAAUCUAUUAAUGAAGAUAUCAACAACAUAGUUCAGAAAUGUUUAAGUAUUUUUUACUACUUAAUAAAAUCAAUACAAAUUUUUAUCACUCAUGGUAAAUUGCAAAAAAUAAAACAAAAGCAUUCUAGAUUUUUAGGUUGUACAAAGUAAGUUUCUUUCUAAGCCUGGUGUUAUGUCUGUCUGUAACUAUAAUUUUGCUUUUGACAUUUUUGUAAGUAAUGUAAUUUUAAGUGUUGUACAUAGUCUCACAUAUGUUAAGGUACCUUAAUCUGUAUAUUUUGUAAUGCAAUUUGUAAACAGAAGCUUAAUUACAAUAUCGGUACGUGUUUAUACUUAAUAGAUUAAAAUAUUAGAAACAUA